AUGUUGCAAUCGACUGGAAAUAUAAAAGAGCUAAUGGAAGCAAAAGCCUUGUUGGGUGCCAUGAAAUCUGAGCAGGCUAGAUUGGUUGAAGAGCUACAAUAUAUUCACCAAGAGGAUGACAGGCUGGUAGAAACCUUAAACAACACCAACAAUGCACAGACACAUGAGAGCCAUAAUCUAGAAAACCAAAACAUGUCACCUGUCACUGACGACAGCAUGAUGGAUUUACAAGCCAGAUUGGACAAUGUGGUUAAAGCUGAGUAUCGUGCUGAGGCUAAAGGAAACAGCUUUGGUGUUUCCAUUGGAUAUAGUGGUUUAAACUUUGUUCUUUAUAUUUCAUCUGCUACCCCAUAA